AUGGCUUCUAUCAGACCUUCCAAAACAAUCCGCCCGCUCAAUCGCUUCAUCACCAGCCACAAUAGUGACGGCAAAGCGAUAUUUUCUAAUACCCUGCCCGAUACCAUGCCCGUGCAGCCCAUUGGGGAUGGCGCCGAUUUCAGUCUGGCCUAUACAUCUGAUCACUUUCCUGCACAGUUGAACAAAGAUGCCGACAUUGCAGAGUACAAGAACUACCUGGCCAAUCCGCCGGGAAUCACAGUUUCUGGUGGCUCUGUCUGUCGGAUUGUGGAUAUGCAGCCCUAUUCGUUGAGCCCUAUGCAUCGGACUGUCUCUUUGGAUUAUGGUGUUGUCCUGGAGGGGGAGGUCGAACUUGUGCUGGAUUCGGGUGAGACGAGACUGAUGAAGCGUGGGGACGUCGCUGUGCAGCGUGGGACAAACCAUGCCUGGAGGAAUGUUACUCCCGAUGUGAUAGAUCCGGUCACAAGCGAAAAGAAAGGACAGUGGGCGCGGAUGCUGUAUGUGCUGAUGCCGUCUGAAGAGAUUGAGGUUGACGGGGAAAGGCUGAGUGAGGUGGUAGACGGCAUUGGUGUUAGGAAUAGUACUUAG